UGGAGGGUAGCGCUAGCGGAGCGGAGGUUAUCAGCGCGAGGAGUUUCUUCAGCUUUAAUUGUUUAGUCUGUAAUAGUGUGUAUUUAGAUCCGCGCCAUGGCCGGAAUUAAAGCUCUGAUCAGCCUGUCGUUUGGAGGAGCCAUCGGCCUGAUGUUCCUCAUGCUGGGCUGUGCUUUACCUGUCUACAAUGCGUACUGGCCGCUGUUCCUGCUCUUCUUCUACAUCCUCUGUCCGCUCCCGCACUGCAUCUCUCGGCGUGUGGUGGAGGACUCAGACUCGGCCAGUAACGCCUGUAAGGAGCUGGCUGUGUUCCUGACCACAGGCAUCGUGGUGUCGGCGUUCGGCCUGCCCAUCAUCUUCGCCCGCGCCGCCGUGAUUGCGUGGGGAGCGUGUGCUCUGGUGCUGACGGGAAACAUCGUGAUCUUCGCCACCAUCCUGGGCUUCUUCCUGGUGUUCGGCUCCAAUGAUGACUUCAGCUGGCAGCAGUGGUGAAGCAGACCGACUCUCUCCAUCUUUAUUUAUACCCGCCGCCAUCCAUACAUGCAGGAAUCAGUGCAAUAAUUCUGUUAGACGCGUCUGCUCUGUUGCUUUCCUUUCUCGCGCUCCAUGAGUUCAGGUGGUCGAGCGAAAACACUGGCCGAAACAUCAGCGCUGUCAUCUUCAGAGUCUGACUUCAAUCUGUUACUGCUCUGCUUUUUAUUUUUAUUCUCAAUUUAUUUAUUCGUUACGUUUCUGUUCUGUUCUAUUAAACGUCACAUUGUAAGAUGAAGGUUAUUAUGGUUGACUUCAGCGAUGUUUGUUUUUUUAUAGUGAUGUGAAAUUUCCAGCCCAAUCUCACCAGGACAUGGAGCUAUUUUACACGUUGUCAGAAAUGUGGCUGAUUCGAUACAAAUAUGGUUAUAUUGGUAUACAAACGUGCGAUUUAGAAAAGGAGGCGUGACACUAAACCUGGCUAAUUCGUACACAUUCCAUAUGAUUAUAUUGGUAUAAAUGUGUACGAUUUAUAAAAUGCCUGGCCCCAAUCGAGGCUAAUUCAUAUAAAUUCCAUACAAUUGGUGUAAAAACAUGCGAUUUAUAAAAAGAGAUGUGGCACCAGAUGUGGCUAAUUCGUACAAAUUCCAUACAAUUAUAUUGCUAUAAAAACGUUCAAUUUAUAAAAGGAGCUGCGGUACCAAACUUAGUUAAUUGGUACAAAUUCCUUAUGAUUAUAUUCGUAUUAUUGUGUACGAUUUAUAAAAUGUGUGGUACCAAACGUGGCUAAUUCGUACAAAUUCCAUACGAUUAUAUUGAUAUAAAAAUAAGCGAUUUAUAAAAGGAGGCGUAGCACCAAACAAGGCUAAUUCAUACCAAUCUCUUACGAUUAUAUUCGUAUGAAUGUGUAUGAUCUAUAAAAGGAGACGUGGCACCAAACUUAGCUAAUUAGUACAAAUUCCUUAAGAUUUUAUUCGUAUUAUUGUGUACGAUUUAUAAAAUGUCUGCACCAACGUGGCUAAUUCGUACAAAUUCCAUACGAUUAUAUUACUAUAAAAAUAAGCGAUUUAUAAAAGGAGGUAUGGCACCAAACUUGGCUAAUUAAUACAAACUUCUUAUGACUAUAUUUAUAUCAAUGUGCACGAUUUGUAAAAGGAGGCGUGGCACCAAACGUGGCUAAUUCGUACUAAUUCCAUACGAUUAUAUUGCUAUAAAAAUAAGCGAUUUAUAAAAGGAGCUGUGGCACCAAAUUUGGCUAAUUAAUACAAACUCCUUAUGACUAUAUUCAUAUUAAUAUGUACGAUUUCUAGAAGGAGGCGUGGCACCAAACAUGGCUAAUUCGUACACAUUCCAUAUGAUUAUAUUGGUAUAAAAAUGUACUAUUUUAAAAAAGAGGCGUGGCACCAAACUCCACCCCUAACCUACCCCUCAUUGGGGGAUGGGCAAAUCGUAUUAAAAUGUAAGAAUGAGAUACAAAUAAAUUAGACGCUAAAUUAAAAAAAAAAGUCACAUUGUUGUGAGAUUGUACAUUUUCCAGAGCUCUUUCCUUUGACUGUUAGGUGAAAACUGAGUAAAUAAAUCUAUCAGAUGCAGGUAAUUUUUGUUGAAAGUAUGUAGACUAGCUCCUAAUCGUCAUUUAAGGUGUGAGUUUAUUAAUAAACACCAGAGUUUCUUUCAGUCUCUCCGCAACUAAUCAUGACGCAGUUGGUCUGACCGUUUAAAGUCAACAUGAAACCAGUUUUCAAUGAUUCAUCAGUGCAUAUUAUUAAAAUAUAAACUCUAGAGUUGGCCUUCAUGUUGUGUACUAUAUUUUAAAGUGUGUUUCUGUACAUGCAGUCAAUGCUAAAGUCAAGUCUCGUCAUUCACUGGUGUGAUGCUGAAGAUCACACAGACUCCUCGUAUAGAGGUGUAAUGGCUUAUCAGGCUGUUUCAUGUGGACUUUAACGCUUCUGUUAUUUUAUAUCUCUCUGUCGGUGCAGAAACGGCACUAGUAACAUUGUUUCCUCUUAUUGUUUUUUUAAAAAUAAAUACCAUUUUUGAAAAAACAAA